CUUCCACCUGUCGGGGGAGGAGGAUAAGGGAAAGAUACUGUUACGAAGAACAGGAAAUGGCUUUUGGAAUCCCAGUGUCUAUCUAUCUCUUAUUCAAUGCAGUAACAGUACUGACAGAAGCAGCAACCAUCUCUGUGACACCCCCAAUCACAGCCCAGCACAGUAACUGGACAGUUAACAAAACAAAAGCUGACUACACUGAAGGACAUAUAGCCUUGAAGUUCUCACAUCCUUGCUUAGAAGAUCACAAUAAUUACUGCAUCAAUGGUGUUUGUGCAUUCCAUCAUGAGCUGGAGAAAGCCAUAUGCAGGUGUUUUACUGGUUAUACUGGAGAAAGAUGUGAGCACUUGACUUUAACUUCAUAUGCUGUGGACUCUUAUGAAAAAUACAUUGCAAUUGGAAUUGGCGUUGGAUUAUUAUUAAGUGGUUUUCUUGCUAUUUUUUACUGCUAUAUAAGAAAGAGGUGUCUAAAGUUGAAGUCACCUUACAACAUUUGUUCUGGAGGAAGACCAUUGUGAGACUUUUGUAAGAAAUCUUCAUACAGCCUUUGUAACAAUCAGUGUGCCCCAAAUU